AUGAUUGCUUAUUCAAAUGGCUAUAUGGCAGUUGAAGUUUCACGAGACAAAACCUACAAUCCAUUUGAGCUAUUGAAUGUUGAUUGUGCCUUGCUCCACUGCGUGAUCACUUUCUGCAUUCGCAGAAACCGACAGUUUGAUUUCAUCUUCCGUAGUAAAGAUCCAAUAGAGCUUAAUGUAGAUAUACUCAAGAAGCAAUUAAUGGAUUUCCACAAUUAUCAGUAUGUAACUGAAGAAGAGAGACUAGGCAAAUAUUCUAAUCCUGCAAUUUUCUGGUCGCAAAAUAAUAAUCCUGCUUUUGUGCCUUCUGAAUCUGUAUUCUCUAAAGCUAAUUAUAUUUUCUGA